AUGAUCAUCAAAUUGUCUGCUAUUUUGCCUCUGUCUUUCAUGGCAAUAUGUGGCUCUAUGGCAAGCAUGUCAUUUCAAAAUCCCGUCAUUUUCAAUGAUCUGGCGGAUAUCGACAUCUUCCGUGUAAACGAGACUUUCUACUAUUCUGCAUCAAGCAUGCAUUUCUCUCCUGGUGCUCCAAUCUUGGAGUCUCAGGAUCUCGUCAAUUGGAAAUACCUCGGCCAUUCGGUGCCUUCACUAGACUUCAAUAGCCCAGCAUACAAUCUGGAGGAUGGCAUGCGAGCUUAUGCGCGGGGAGUUUGGGCUUCAACGAUGCGCUUCCGGCAAAGUAAUAAGUUAUGGUACUGGAUUGGUUGUGUCGAUUUCAAUGCGACAUACAUCUAUACCAGUUCCGCGGCAACCGGUCCAUGGGAGAAAAAAUCCGUACUUGACGGUACUUGUCUCUACGACUGCGGCCUGUUGAUUGAUGAUGACGACGCUAUGUAUGUCACGCAUGGCUCGACAGUCCUUAGCCUUACUCAACUUACUUCUGAUGGCCUUGACUUGGAAAAAACGCAAAUCAUCUACAAUUCCACCGUUGGUUAUGUCGAGGGCUCCCGCAUGUACAAGCGCAACAGCUCUUAUUAUGUUAUCACAGUUCAACCGGUUAACGGGCAGUUCGUCCUGAAAUCGGAUAAUGGACCUUGGGGCCCUUAUGAUUUCGGUGUUAUUCUCAACAAUACCUCCCCACCGACAGCAUUGAAAGGUGCUGACACGCCUCAUCAGGGUGCUUUGGUUGAUACCCCAGAUGGCCAUUGGCAUUACAUGGCUUUUGUGGAUGUAAAUGGGGACAGUACUGGUCGUGUUCCUGUGCUGUCUUCAUUGAACUGGGAUGACAAUGGAUGGCCGGUUUUGACCCUGGAUGAAGGCAACACCUGGCCCCAGAGUCUCCCAUACCCGGUUCACUCAGGCGCAAAGACUGUCAAUUCAGACUCUUCUCUUCAGGGAAAAGAUACUUUUGCUACUGCAAAGCUCGGCAGCCAAUGGGAAUGGAAUCAUAAUCCCGAUCUGAAACGCGUUACCGUGACUCCGGGUGAAGUCCGUCUUUCUACGGCGACAGUGUCAAAGUUGGACGACAUUUACCAAGCACGCAAUACAUUGACCCGUCGGGUCUUGGGACCAGCUUCCCAAGCCACCAUUCUACUAGACUACGCGAAGAUGGCUGACGGUGACCGAGCUGGUCUAGCAUUGUUCCGAGACAGCUCAGCAUGGAUCGGGAUCCGAAAGGAUGGAAAGACUUCCACAAUUGUGAUGCGCAGCAAUAUGACUAUGAAUUCAACAGAUAGUUGGUCAACCGUCGGGUAUGGCACUGACGUGGCUAGCACUCAGCUACAUCAGGCUGGCAACAAUCGGAAGAUAUUCCUAAGGAUUGCGGGAGAUUUUAGUUCAUCGGGAACGAGGCAGGCACAGUUCUCAUACAGUACAGAUGGCACACAUUUUACCGUUCUGGGACAGAACUUUACCAUGGCCAAUGACUGGCAGUUCUUCCAGGCCUACCGGUUCGCUAUUUUCAAUUAUGCCACUAAGGCUCUUGGAGGAAGUGUGGGAUUGAAAGAGUUUGAUCUAUCCUCUGUCUCUGUGUGA